UAGAUUUGCUUAGCUGCUUAGGAGGACAUCCCACCCCGACUAGGUACUUACAUUACCUACUUUACUUAGCCGUGGGGAGUGUGUGAGAAGAUGAGGAGUAAGAGUACUUACCUAACUUGACAUAAGAAGAAAUGGGAAAAAUUCAAGGAAAAUACAAGUGGCCGAGAGUCUAUUCGUUGGCAAAAAAGGGUGGGUAUCUUGGUACGCGGGAUUGGUAUAUAUCUUCUCGUACUUCUGCUGUCCAUUGUGACCCCCCUUCUCUUCUCCUUUUUCUUGUUUCUUCGUACUAUAUACAUAUUGCAUAGUCAACGAUUUCAACACCGCGUAGGAAACAAUUCAACAUCCCGCUCUCAUUCCCAUAGCAAUGAGAGAAUAUCAUGGCUUCUCUUGGUGGUAACAUUUUACCCCCCGAUCCGCAUACUAAAAUCUAUCUUGCUGGAGUAGCUGUCGUCCUAUUGGUCGGCAUAUGCUACUCUACUUUAUUACUUGCGAAGAAAGCAAAGGACGAUGAGAACCCGACUCUCUUGCAGUCCUUGUGGCUCUUCUUCUACACGUGCUUCCUCAAACCGCACGAUGGCGACAGCAACGGCAACCAGCAGGAUGCCUUGGAGAGCUUCUACAAGAAGCAGGCUGGAGCUUACGAUGCGACGAGGAGGGCCCUUCUGAAGGGCCGCGAAGAUAUGCUUGCUCUCGCAGCGGCUCAACUCUCUUCCAGAGGAAAAAACGGUGACGAGAAGAAGAGACGUGUUUGGGUUGAUGUUGGUGGAGGUACUGGUUGGAACAUCGAAGCUAUGUCCAAUUUCGUCGAUGUACCCCAGUUCUUCGACAGCGUCUACCUGGUUGACUUCUCUCCCUCCCUCUGUGAAGUCGCGCGCAAGCGUUUCGAAAGGCUCGGAUGGGAUAAUGUGAAGGUCAUCUGCCAGGAUGCGAGGAAAUUUCGCUUAGAGGAUCAUGAACCGACCUCUCAAGGCAGACGACCCUCCGGGUCCCCGAUCCGGAGCUACUUCUCCCAGGAAAGGCCUAAAAUUGGCGGAGCUGACUUGAUUACCAUGUCCUACAGCUUGUCUAUGAUCCCUGAUUAUUAUUCCGUCAUUGACUCGCUACCUUCUCUGUUAGCUCCGAAUGGCAUUGUCGGUGUGGUUGACUUCUACGUUCAAUCUCAGGUCGAUGUUAGCUUCCGCAACUACACUGGCGGUCUUGUCAACCGUCAUGUCAAUUUCUUCGGUAGAACAUUCUGGAGAGCUUGGUUCGACAUUGACCGAGUUGCUCUAGAGCCUGGCCGACGUGACUAUCUGGAAUACUCUUUCGGGACAGUUCUAAAUGUUAACAAACGGAACUACGUUCUCGGAGCCAUUCCCUACUACAUUUGGUUGGGAACUCAUAAGCGGCCAUCGUCAUCCAGCCUUCCACACGAAAUUGUUGAGAAGGUGGAUGCUUUGGCCACUGAGUCGCCCUACUUGCACCCCGCCAAUCAUUCGGAUGCCCUGUCUCGUGCGGUUGAAAGAGCUGCGCCAGAGAUCCGAUCUAAGGCUUUUGAUGCUGCUAUUCUCAAUCUUUCGUCUAACUUGCCUCUUCCGUCGUUCUUUUAUCAGAACCAUCACUACCGAAUUUACUACGAUGACCAACUCAAGAAGCACACUCAAUUCAAUGACGAGUACAUCUAUGCUUUCACCUGGGAAGAUACUCGCGUCGACGAGCGCAUCUUGAAAUUGACGUCGGAUGAUGUGGUUCUUGCCAUCACUAGUGCUGGUGAUAAUAUUCUCUCUUACGCACUUCAAAGCCCGGCUCGAGUCCACGCUGUCGAUCUAAACCCAACGCAGAAUCAUCUCCUCGAGCUCAAGGUCGCUGCUUUCUCGUCCCUCCCAUACGAAGAUUUCUGGAAGAUUUUUGGCGAGGGCAAGCACCCUGAAUUCCGCUCUUUGCUCGUCUCAAAGAUGUCCCCUCACCUAUCCAGCCGUGCAUUCCAAUACUGGCUCAACAACCACCAAAUCUUCACCACCUCCAAGGGCGGACUUUACGACACCGGUGGUUCAAAACACGGUAUUCGUAUCUUCCGCUGGAUCACCCGCGUCUUCGGCUGCUACACCGCCGUGCGCCAACUCCUCGCCGCCAAAACCCUCAACGAGCAACGCGAAAUCUGGCGCAACAAGCUUCGCCCCGCCCUACUCUCCCGCCUCGUAUCCAAGUUCGUCGUAAGCCAAGAAUCAUUCCUGUGGACCGCUCUCGGUGUGCCUAAGAACCAACUCGCCAUCAUCGAGGCCGACCACGCGGUCUCAGACGCGGUAUGCGGACCUGAAGCCCGCGCUAAGAAUACACGUUCGCAUGCUAUUUGGGAGUACAUGGUUAACACCCUGGAUCCUAUGGUCGAGUCCACGCACAUCGCAGCCGAUAACCCGUACUAUUUGGUCUGUCUCGAUGGAAAAUUCAGCAAGCAAUGCCACCCCGAUUACUUAUCACCCCAAGCCCACGCCCGCCUCUCGCGCGAAGGCGCAUUUGAAGGUCUACGUAUCCAUACCGAUGAAAUCGACGAAGUCCUAGCACGUAUCAAGCCCGGCACUCUUACCGUCGCCGUCGUUAUGGAUAGUAUGGAUUGGUUCGAUCCCGGAUCCGACGCCGCUGCUAAACAGAUCUCAAAACUCAAUCGUGCGCUGCGGACUGGUGGUCGGGUUAUGCUGAGAUCGGCUGGGCUUCGGCCUUGGUACUUGGAUGAGUUUGAACGACAUGGGUUCACGGCUAGAUGUAUGGGGGAGCGGUCUGGCGGUAAGUGUAUUGAUCGUGUUAAUAUGUACGCGAGUUGCUGGAUUUGCACUAAGCGGGAGGAUUUGGCUCCGUCGACUCCUGGGUCCGAGGGGAGUGGGAGUCCGGAGAUUACGUCUUUGAAGAUUUGAGUAGGCUGAAAAUUGAAGGUAUAAAGAUGUGUGAGGAACGGCGAGCUGUUUAGCAGGUGUCGCGCGGUCAGAUUGGUAUCGAUUAUAAUUCUGUCAUUCGUUUAUAUAAAGCUCGAGAUGAGCGGGCGUUGAUUAUGCUGUGAUGCGCAUAUUCAUUGUUGAUAUGCGACUGACACAGCAAUUUCUCGCUGCUUUGAAGCCGUUACGCCAACAAUCUAGAUUGAAUAAAAUUUUGUUUGGUGAAUCUAUAUCCUUUUCAUAGUUAGAUAAAAAAAUGAUU